UAAUUAGAGAGAAAAGAGCGUAUAAAGAAGGCUUUGACAUGAAUUGGACUAAUACGAUUCGCGCACCGACGAAAUAAGAGCCGGAAUCAUGAGGAAAUAUCAGAUUUACGUGAUUUGUUUUGUUGUUUUGGCUUUUGCCGCUGCCACAGCUACAAGAGUUUGCAGCAACAGAAAUAUCUUGUGCUCUGUGGUUAGAUCAACUAGUUGUUCAAAGAAAAUCGUUUCCAGUCAUUGCCCAAGGCUUUGCAACACAUGUGGAGCAAAAUGUCGAAACAUAAAGGCGUCAAUGCGCGUUGAUUGUGGCUACCAUGGAAUUAGUCCGUUGGAUUGCUUGAGAAAGGGAUGUUGUUAUGGCGAAUUAAAGGUGGCUGGCCCGUGGUGUUAUCAUCAAAAAGGUAAAUUUUCGACUAUGUUUUCGGCAUUAACACUGACAAUUUGGGCCACUAAUUAUUUCUCAAAAUACUCUAGCAAACUGUCCCAUGAUUGAAGCAAACAAACGUGAAGAUUGUGGUUACCCUGGGAUAAGCAAAUCAGAUUGCGUCAAAAAAGGAUGCUGUUACAACGCGAUCAAGGAAAAGGGACCGUGGUGUUAUUACAGGCAAGAAAAAUGCCGGAAAAUAGCAGCAACAAGACGUCAUGAUUGUGGUUAUCCAAGCAUAACGAAGCGGGCAUGCGAGAAGAAAGGCUGUUGUUAUAGUGAAUUGCUAAACCAAAGUGGACCGUGGUGCUACCACCGCCUAGAAAAAUGUCUGCGCAAAGCAACAGAACGUGACGACUGCGGCUAUCCUGGUAUAACAGAAUUCGAAUGCAUGAAAAGAGGUUGCUGCUAUAAUUCAUUGCCCGGUCGUGGGCCAUGGUGUUAUUACCGAUGAGAUACGAGGACCUUCGGAAGAUUAUAUGCGAACUUUAGUGUACUCAUUGUUGUAAAAAUAUGUUGUCAAAUAAAUACCUCUAAUAUAUGAACUUUUCCUUCCCAAUAAGAUCCAGUAGGAGAUGAAUGAUUUGACUGCCAAUUUUCUUUUUGUCAUGUCGCUGCAGCCAAACACAUUUGAAUUAUUGCAUAGGGUGCCUUGAGUGUCCGUAUUUGAUGAAAGGAGUAGUAAGCGUUAUUUAGUAAAGCCUGAAAUCUUCUGGCGCCGCCAUACCCAGAAUCGCAAUGCAACCGUGCAAGCGUGGCGUGAGCAUUUCUAUCCAAGGCGUUUUUAACCGGAUAAAGCCGUUUUUUGCUACUUUGUCAACUUGGCAAUUCUGUCUCAUUCGGAGCCACAAUUUUGAUAGUCAAAAAUGUCAGGGCGGAUACGGAAAGCAUAAAUCUAAAUACAAAAAGGCUACUUUUGCGGGCGUUAUUAAUACAACAUAAAAUAACUUGUCUAUCUGUACCGAGAAAGUUUAUGCGAGGUCAAAAGCAUAGACCGAACAUGCGAGGUCGCUACGCUGACCGAGAGUAAUAUUUCUCGUAAGAUGACAAGGUUGUAAAAAAAAUAGAGAACUUUCCAUUUGAGUUUUAUUGUUUCAAUUUUUCAAAUACAUGUUUAUCACAUAAAUUCGACGUUGUUUUGCUUGUUUUUCAUUGUGCUGUUAAUGUUUUUAAAAGCAUUUUCUUUUAUCUGCGACACCGAACGUGGAACAUGUUUUUCUGAUUCUGACGGAGUGAAUCGUGAUUUAGGAUUUACUGCAACUUCAUUUUUCAGUGUGGAUGUGUUUGGCUAUUUUUUCCAAUG